AUGAAUCUGAAUGCUAUAGUCGACCCAAAACAACACGAAUUUAGACAAAUAGUUUUUGCCAUUGAAAAUGGCGCUGCAAUGCGUAUAGCUGCUUCAAAUCUCAUUCGAAUUAUCAAUUCGACAAUUAGCCAGAUCAGACAGGCAACGAUUGAAAGACAAUUUUCGUUGAUUUUAUUUGAUGACAAUAAUGUCGAACUUUUGACGAGUACACAUGAUUCCAAUGCAUUUGUGAAUGAUUUUAACGAUGCAAUGUGGCGAGUGGAGAACAAUGGCCUUUCACUACCACAAAGUCGAUCUCUGGAAGCCAUAUUUAAGGUCCCACAAAUUUCUUUACUCUCGCCAACAAUACUGUAUCUAUUUACCGCGACGCCGCCGUCACCAUUCAACAGCUAUACCAGGUCCCUUCCACGUGAUCUGCAGGUAAAUCUCUUCAUGAUCGGUGACGAUAGCCAAAUAUCUGCAAAUGCAGAUCUCACAUAUCACCAGCGUGCUUCUGGUGGAAGAAGCAUGCCUAUCAGUAAUGGUGGAGUGCUUAGGGUGUCCGAGUCUUUGAAAGCUAUCGGAGUCAAUCAACCGAAUACCUUACUCACAGCAUGUCAUCACUACCUAUUGCAGAAUCCCAAGCUCUCAGCAUCAAAUAAGGCUUUUGUUUUGGAAGCUAUCAACAAUGUAGUAUCGGAUACGAAAAUUGUCAACGAACUGGAUGAACAACUAGUUCUUUUGAUCAUAAAUCUUGCCACGCAGGAAAUGACAAUGACCAGCAAGGAUGUCGAUACAGAUUGGGCUGAGGCCGGGAAGGAUGUUCUGGUGACCUUGGCAAAAACUCCCCGGUUUGUAACUCAUGUCUUAGACGCGGUACUGCAGAAGUUUCCUCCUGGGUUGACUACAAGUCCACACCGGUAUGUGGUAUUGACUUUGGCCACUAUAGCGGAACACAAUCCUUUUGGACUUGUGCCAUUCCUUACCGACAUCUUAUCUCGAACUGUGCCACUACUUAGCCACGUUCGUAACGAUGCGUUAAGGUCAGCAUGGACACGAGCUAUUUGUGCUUUCUGUGAAGCAGUCAGAGAAUGCGAAACGGAGCGACCAAAAGAAGCUGUUGAACAAGAUCUUGAAGCUUCACCAAAUCAUAACAAUGAGAGUGACCAUGCGUCAGUAUUGAGCCGAUAUACUUACACGGAUCAAGCCGAAGCCAUCUAUGAGGUUGUUUUCAACUGGAUGUAUAGCAAGGAUCCCAAAACUCGUGCUGAGGCUGGCGAAUGUAUUGGUGAACUGUGCCUGAUGGUUAGACCAGAGAAGGUAGUAGAAGACAUCAAAAAACUUGUAAACACAAUACUUGGACUGUACAAAAAAGCAUAUACGGAGCAGCAUACUAUCACAAAGGCGGUUUGUCGAUUCCUUGAAGCCACCUGUGCCAACGAAGCAUGUCCGCUUGACCCUUAUGUGGAGGAUAUAUUGAAUGCACUAUUUCCAAAUGCAUGUCUUGAUCCGGAUGACACAACAACAACUUUGACUCCUCAGGCUAUCAAAAAUCACAGCGAAGCUUUCCGAUGUUUCCAUGUUGCUGCGUCGCGUUUUGCCGAUAAAAUUGUGUAUUAUUUGCUGCAUAAGAUACAAAGUGUGGUUGAUAUGCAGAAAUUAGGUGCCAUAAAUAUACUACGCCAUCUUCUUAAUUCGGCAGGUCAGUAUAUGGAAGACAAAAAGUCAUUGUUGAUGAUGGGUCUCCGAAAGUUACUUGCUCCGGAAAAUGUUACUUCGAUAAAGGUGAAGCGUGCUAUUGUGCAGCUGUGUGUUGCAUUAUCUGAUCAUGCCUAUGUGGAUGCAGAAGGUGGUGAUCAUGUGAUUGCCUUUCUCGUUCGAAAUCUAGUCCCACCUACGGAGCAGGAAUUACAGGGUCGCAAAGUUGAUGUUGAUAUAGCAGGCUCUAAUCAACUACGAACACAAUGCGGUCAAGCUCUAAAUACUAUUGCGAGCACCUGCAUCUGUGCGAAUAAGCUACUGUGGCCAUAUUUAUUCGAAUUUAUCUGCAUGGAGCGUUACUUUCCAGUUGUUGGAGACAUCUGCAAAUGUCUACGAACAUUAGUGACAAGAGAAGUUGAGGAAGGAAGAGAACUAGAUUUUGAGACUGGAUUCGAUAACGCUCGAGUUGCUGGUAAUCACGCGGUGCUCGCACGUCUUUUCGUUUGUCUAUGCAAUGCUCCGCUGAACGGUCUUCUUGCGCGACGAGCAAGAGAAGGCUUUGGUUUGAUGCGUGCUCUGAGUUCUUGGUUCAAUCCAGCUAUGACGGAAGUCUUAGAGCGAUGGUCUGAACGGAUGGAAUCACUGUUAGACGAGGUGUGCAGUGCAUCUGUCUCUAGUCCAACUGGAGAGAGUUCGCCGGCAGUGGAAUUGCGAGGACGACGGAUAGCGAGAUGGAACGAAGCAUGCUUAGAACUGCUUUCUGCUUCCAUUGCUGUCGUAGUAGAUGGUGAGUGGAGAAUGGGUUUGGCCGCGGUUAUGGGAAAACAGCUGGAUCUGUACAAAGAUUAUCCCGAUGAGAAGGCUUUCUUGCUGCGAUGCAUAGGUACAACACUAUCAAAAAUAGCACUGAAAUCGUUUGUAGUAGAUCAUCUCAUGCUGAUGUUCAAGUCUGCUCAACAUCAUGUACCUACCGAAAGGCAGGGAUGCGCCAGAGGAGUUGGUGCAUGCGCAGCAUCUCAUACCGAGCUUGUUUUAGUAGAGCUGGAAAACGUGUCAAAGUGGGAGCAUGCAAAGAGAAGCAGUGGAUUUUUCGGUUUCAUCAAGGAAGCGAUGCCAAUCCGACAGUACACAGACACUGAAAUGGUUUUGCUACGAGCGACUCUUAUGCUCAGCUAUGGCUAUGUGGUGCAAGCUUGUCCCCUUGACACCAUCACGCAGCGACUUCAGCAAACAAUCAUCGCUUUUCUGCGGCACUAUUUUGCCAACUCCAAGCAGGAAACGGUUGUACGUGAAGCUUUGCUUGAAACUAUGCGACUGAUAGCCAUUGCCGUACACCCUUCAAGACUGCCGGGAGAAUAUCGCUUUGAAGCUAGAAAUGAGCUCAUUGGAUACAUCAAGGACUACGUUCAAAGUGAAACUCCCGAGAUGCUAUCAAGUUCAUUGCGACUGCUGGCGGCCAAAGCUGCAGCUGCGCUUGUCCGAUUAGACCCACCCCUAUCCGACGAUGAAACAUGGGAGCUGGGUGUGGUGCUGACGCAAUAUAUCCUACCCAUGUGCCGAGAGAAAAGUGGGCUGAAAACGUUGGCCUAUGAUUUGUUCGACUACGCGUCAACGUCGAUCUCCUCAUUUACGUCGUCAAGUAACCGUGUUGGCAUGAAAAAGAUCGAUGAUGACGAAUCUGCAACAAUUAUGGAUGCAACUGUGGCACAAUAUGGUAAUGCGUUGGAAGCAAUGAUAGAGAUGCGGCCAAAUGUCGGGACCGUAACGCUUCUCUUGAAGAUGCUGCAACCCUAUUACGGCAAGUUGGCUGAACAUGAACGUAGCAGGUCUAUAGAUGCGACCGUGCAAGUGCUUCGAGUUUACCUUGAUAAAGCUGAGGAUAUAACCAUUGGGGUGGCUAGCUACUUUGGACCACUGUCGUCAUUGUUGGCUCGGCUUUCUCCUCGUUUAGUGGAUUCGUUGGCUCUCGUUCGCCAUCAGGCGCUUGCAGCUAUACACUUUGCAUUCCGCCUCGCAAAUGCUUUUAAGGGGCAUGGCACUCAUACAGACUCUAGUCUCUUCCAAAUCGACGAGUUUAGCAAAGAAUACCUGGGCAAUGAAGGCCGGUUAGACACCCAUGACGCAAAGAAGGCUAUUCGGAAGAUGGCAGAGGUAAUUGAGUCACGACUCCCACAGUGCCAGAUACAGACGUACCUAUCGGCACUUUUCGAGAUGCUAACAGAUCGUCAAAGCCAGGUAUCUUCGGCAGCGGCUCAACUCCUCACUCAUUCAUUGACAUGUCGUGGAGAUACGCUACUCAAUGAGGCUGACACUCUGGUUACCACUAUACUUGCCAGAUUACCCGAGGUCCAUUCGUGUGUGCAAACAUAUACGGAUCUGCUGACAGCUUUGGUCGCCUUUGCUGCUCAUCAACAAACAGUAGUGUGCGAUGUCAUGCUAAGGCAACCACUGCCAUACUCAGUACAGCUGCUGGAUGCAUGGGAAUGUGUUUCGCGAGAGCGUUCACUGUUUACACCCAUUCUGGAUUACCUUUUGGAACUGUUGACAGGCGCAUUGGAACAGCCGCACGACAUAAUGGAUACUGGAGGAGGAAGCUCGGUGAAGAUCGUACAUGUGGAGCCUUGUCAAUAUACGGCUGGCAUUACCGAAGUCAUCAAGACCACUGAACCAGACUGGUCUUUGAAUGACAGAGUCCCAACUUUACUUGCUGCAUUGUUUCACAUGAUCUGCAGCGUCUCUGACACGCAGUUUCCUGUCGUGGUUAAGGAGAACAAGGAUGGAACUAAACAACCUUUGAUUAUUACGCCGGAGCUGAGAAGAUCCGCUGAAAAGCCGGCUGGUUUGGCUGUCGCAGCACUGAAAAUCUUGUUUUCCAAAACCCAUACACCGGAGGUGAUUGAGGAUAUGAAUCAAGCCCGAGGAUGGACUGAGUGUCUCGAUCGUGAUAUGUUCAUUGACGCUAUAACUGUGCUAGUGCGGUCACUGGUUGAGCAUCGCCCUGAUUGGAUAGGUGCGUUGGCCAGUGCAGUAAUGGAUAAAGCAGACAGUGAACGUGAACCCAUUCGACUUGCCGCUGUCAUAGUAGCGUCAGCUUUGAUACGAAAGUGUCCAGAUUCUAAUGGAGACUUCAAUGAGAAAUUGUUGAUUGAUUGUGUGCGGCUGUUGGAGAACUCUUUGAGCGAUCAAAGCCUGCGGAUUCGCAAGCUUUGUGUUCGUGGAUUGGGUGAAUUGUCAGAAUGUUCCUCUAGUGCUGUUGCUGAUAGAUUUGCAAGCAUGGCUGUGGAAGCUGCUAUGGGAGGAUUAGACGACUUGGGAGACAGACACGACAUGGUGGCAAUGGAGUCGAUACUAUCGCUGAAUAAGCUUGUUUCUAAAACAAACGAUUCGCAGCUACAUUCUAUACUUCGACCAGUACUGCUGAAAAUUCGACCUUGUUUUGAAAAGGAGUCUGCGGCAUUGCGGGCAGCAUCUUUCAGUCUCUUUGGUGAAUUGGGCGCGAGAGUUGGAAGCGACGAGGAGUUUAUGGGUCACCUACAUGCCAAUAUAGUGGCUAUCUUACUCCACCUCAAUGACGAAAACGAGGACGUCCGGAAAGCCUGCAGUAUGACUCUCAAUCGAAUCCAUCCUUUGCUUGGAGUGGGCACAUUUUCAUCUAUAGUCGAACGUGAGAUGAAGGGAGGACGCCAGCCUUAUAGUUAUCCAGCGGUUCAACGCGAUCUUGCUAGUGUUUUGGCAUUAUCGUUUCCCGAUCGUGUAAAUCAGUAUGCGCUAACGUGCAGUAAUUACUACAAAAGCUCGAAUGCGCGUAUUCGAGCAAAUGCUGCACUUCUGACCGGCCAUAUGUUGGGAGUGCUUACCCCACAACUCCGGGCUACCAUUAGCAAGGACCUCAUCUUUUCUAGUCUUGUUCUGCUUCUGAAAGAUCCAGAAGAUGUAAGCGUGCGACUUGCAGCAGCGAAAGCAGUCGGCAGUCUACAUCAUUUUUCAUAGGAGUAGAGUUGCUCUUCUGAGACAUUGUUCAUGUGCAAAUGGCGAUUGCUCAGUUGGACCUCUAUCGAUCUUUGAGAGAAGCAUAUCAUUGUUCUCUAGAGUUUCUUACACAUGUUGAGAUUAGAGUAUUAUGUUAAUGACCCCGUAUAGUCGAUUUUGUUAGGGUAUCGGAAUGCGUCAGAUUUCUAUUGGCUUACAAGUUUGCACACUUUCAGUUUGCAUAUUUUUCGUAGCAUUCAUGGCGUUUUGCACUUAGAUAGUAUACUUGGUAUUUUGUGCAUAUUUUUUUUUUCAAAUCGCUUAUUAUUCUAUCGCUAAAAUGGACCUUCACAUUAUCGUAUGUUUCAUUAUCUUUAUGCACUUUUUUUGGAGAGAAUACGUAGAUUGCGCAGUUCCAUAAAUGCACGUGUUUCUAGUUUGUAAUUCUCACAGAUUCGCUUUAACUUUUCAAAGCCCGUGAGUGCCAGCUUGUGAUUACAUUUUUGCAAUCCCGAGAUCAAUAUUGUGCUCUUCAGCUUGUUUUUGUUGUGCUCUCUAACCUGUUAUCAUCCCCUUUUCCCUUUCUUGGUAAGCUGACCUCUGUGAUUACUGACGCAAGCAUGGUGGAAGAUGUAAUGUUGACAGGUCAUCUUUGCUCCUUUUUUCUUUUUCAAUCUGUUUGUACAUUUUCUCGUUCUCAUAACGCAUUCACUGAGAUAGGUUGUUCUAUUUGCCUUCCUUUUUCGAACUUCUUGUCGUAUUCUGUGAUCAUGGCACAUUUGCCAGCAUGGUGAACACAAUUGGUUCAUUGUUAGUAUUUCUGGGUAUUAUUAACAUUUGUAAAUGAAAUUGCUACUUGCGA